AAACCCUUUAGAGGGCGAGGCCCCUUGUCAAACAAGUGCUUAAGUGUUGUCGAGCGUUGCACUGAGCAUGCGUGAACUGAAAAGUGCGUUUUAGAAUGAUUACUGCGAAAAAGAUAGGGAGGGAGAGAACGGGGGAGAUUAAGCGGACUGCACACAACUGUUGUCUUAAUCCUCUGAGCGGAUAGAUUUAGCAAAAAAGGAAAAACGGCCUUGGAACGCAGCAGCCAUAUUGUAUGGAAUACUCUUGGAAUAUUUUGUUCCCAGUUCUAUGUCUGAAGCCCAUGCUCAAACUUCAACCGAAGUCUUGGGGAAGAUAGUUUAACUCUGGCAGCGGGACCUGUUACCGCUAGCUAUUAAACUGGCUGUGGAUUUCAGUGUAGCAUAGGCUACUGAUAUUGCGUAGAUUUUGGUACCAGACACUGCCUCUCCGUUUGUAUUUGUAUUUAUCUUUGAGCGUAGUUGUGGUUGUUUUAGACAUGAAGGACCGACUGGAGCAACUCAAAGCGACGCUAGACACUGACGAUGCUGACGAUGUGGAGAUUGCUGUGGACAAUGCAGCAUUUAUGGACGAUUUCUUUGUCCAGAUUGAAGACAUCAGGAGUAGCAUCGACAAGAUUGAUGAACAUGUUGUUGAAGUGAAGAAGCUUUACUCGGUUAUACUCUCGGCACCCACAUCGGAGCAGAAAACACAAGAUGACCUUGAGACUAUCACUAACGACAUUAAAAAGAUGGCUAAUAAUGCCAGAAACAAGCUCAAGACCAUUGAGAGAAAUUUGGAGACGGAGCAGGAAGAAAGAGUUUCUGCUGACAUGAGGAUACGCAAGUCACAGCAUGCUGUGCUUUCACGGAAGUUUGUGGAAGUGAUGACCAAGUACAACGAGGCUCAGGUGGAUUUCAGAGAGAGGAGUAAAGGACGCAUCCAGAGGCAGCUAGAGAUUACUGGUAAAGCCACCACUGAUGAUGAGUUGGAGGAGAUGCUGGAGAGUGGAAAUGCAGCCGUCUUCACAGCGGGGAUCGUGGACUCCAGCAUCUCUAAGCAGGCUCUGAGUGAGAUCGAGGCGCGACACAAGGACAUCGUACGCCUGGAGAGCAGCAUUAAGGAGCUGCACGACAUGUUUGUGGACAUCGCCAUGCUAGUAGAGAGCCAGGGUGGCAUCAUCGACAGGAUCGAGAGCAACAUGGACCAGUCCGUGGGCUUUGUGGAGAGGGCCGUGGCCGACACCAAGAAGGCCGCCAAGUACCAGCAGGAGGCGCGGCGUGUGAGUUGCUCAGUGGAGAACGGUUCUACCCUCAGAGACCCACCCCUCGGUUCCACCCUCAGAGACCCACCCCUCGGUUCCACCCUCAAAGACCCACCCCUCGGUUCCACCCUCAGAGACCCACCCCUCGGUUCCACCCUCAGAGACCCACCCCUCGGUUCCACCCUCAGAGACCCACCCCUCGGUUCCACCCUCAAAGACCCACCCCUCGGCUCCACCCUCAGAGACCCACCCCUCGGUUCCACCCUCAGAGACCCACCCCUCGGUUCCACCCUCAGAGACCCACCCCUCGGCUCCACCCUCAAAGACCCACCCCUCGGCUCCACCCUCAGAGACCCACCCCUCGGUUCCACCCUCAGAGACCCACCCCUCGGUUCUACCCUCAGAGACCCACCGCUAAGGCCCUCGUCGCUCCCUCUUCUGCUAACUCAUCCUGCCUUCUCUUGUUUCACCAAACCUUUCCUUGGCUUUCUUCUCCUCUCCUAAUUGCCUGAUCCUUGUUAGCAGAAAACUAUAAUUAUAGUGUGUGUUGUGCUGGUGAUUCUGGCCAUUAUUGCGCUCAUAAUUGGCCUGUCUGU